CAUCAUCCAUCCUCCUUGUCCCUCUCCCUCUUUACCCAUUGGAUCUUCUCUCUCCACAAUUCUUUCUAUUUAUACUCACCCACACUACACCCACCACCACAAACCCACCAACAAAAAUACCUCAAAGAUGUCUCCGGCGGCGGCGGCUACCCCAUCACGGUGGUGUCCGACCCCCGAGCAAGUGAUGAUUUUGGAGGAGAUUUAUAGAAAUGGGCUUAAGACUCCCAAUGCCACUCAGAUUCAGCAUAUUACUUCCCAUCUUUCUUUGUAUGGAAAGAUUGAAGGCAAGAAUGUGUUCUAUUGGUUUCAGAACCAUAAGGCUAGAGACCGCCAGAAGCUGCGUAGGAAGCUUUACAAGCAGCUUCAGCAACAUCAUUUCUUCAUUAAACGACAGCGUUUUGAUGACCAUCAUUUAUUUCACUGUUUUCUUCACCACCACCACCACCAGCAGCGGUUCCUGCCGCCUCUACUCCCGCUUCCAACUCAUUUUCAGGUACGGAAAUUUAUAGGAAUCACGACUUUUCAGAAUGGUAUAAUAUUGUCGGUUACUAACCCAAUGUGGGACUUGGGAUGGGGAAUUUGAUAUGUUUUUUUUUGUUAGACGAACACAACUCUCCACAAUGGAGAGAGUAUUGG